GUUGCUAGUAGAGCACUUCUAAAGGUACUGGUACGCAGCUAGAUAGUACUAUUCUUCCCCAUAGAUGAUUAUAUCAUAGAGUUGAUACAAUGCAUUUCCAGGCUUUCUUUCCAUCAACCUAUCAAUCAAAAGGAACCAAAUUGCAUUUCCUCUCAGACUGCCAUUCCUAGGCAAUUGCGUUUGGCUUGCCUUAUAAAGGCAGAGCGAUUGGGGGUGGCAUGGAAGUGCCUCACAGCUCCAACCUCCGACAUGCAGCAGAGGCACUAAUGAGAUACCAAACGGCUCUUGCGUUGCGUUGCGUCAAGUCAUUCGAUGCUAGCACGAAGAGAAAUGUCUUGUAUUCAAGGGAAGAACCGCGAAAGACUUCCACGCGAAACGUGGAUAAUCAAUUGCCAAUCCGAGCACUGGCUAGCUAGGCUGGGUUCCCGCAUCUGCUCGUUUGCCAAUGAUCUUGUCCAAGUUGACGAGGAGAGGCAAUCAACAACGAAUCACGCCCAUGUGCGGCGCGAGACCCAUCUGAACCAACACUCCACGUUUGGCCACUGCUGUGCGUCCCCUUCCUCUCACAAAUCUUAAUCAGCAGUUGCUCACAUUGAACAACUCAGCAGCAAAACACAACAACAACAAUGACGUCUCCGAACAGCAAUGGAAAGCGUCCCGCUUCUCGUUCUCCGUUCCGUGAUGCCGUUCUUACUGGAAUGGCGAGCCGAUCGGAGGAGCCAGAGCUCCCCGAGGGAAUGCAGCUGGGAGAGAACGGAUCGCCAGAGUUCAAUGACGCUGGGCUGGGCUCUGAUAUCCUCGCCAUUAGCCAAAUGGUGCGAGGCGGAGAUCCACGCAGUCUGUGUGACGCCAUCCUCAAGCGUGAUUCCACUCGAGAUGUGUCGGAUCUAAUAAUCUUGCUGUUUGUCACCCGCAAUGCGCGUGGAGGCAAGGGCGAAAAAGACCUCUCCUUCCAAAUAUUCCUCCGUGUCUGGAUGCAAUACCCAGCCACCGCUAAGCAGCUGCUGGGACUCUUCGCCCAUUACGGGUACUGGAAGGAUCUCCUUUUGCUCGCUGUCUCCGCCAAGGCAGAGGAAGUCAACGGUAGCGACGCCAUCUUGGACGAGUCAAUCGCCUUGAUGAAGACGCAACUCCAAAAGGAUGAGACUGCCGUGAACAAGUACAACAGCGACUUGGCAGAGGCGUCCAGCCCUGAGGAGAAAGCCAAACUCCAAAAGAAGGGCCCUGCCAUUUCUCUGUUGGCCAAGUGGUUGCCUCGUGAAGGCACUCACUUUGACAAGAAGCUUGGCUUUGUCGGCAAGUUCACACAGGCCACCCCGUCGAGCUGCGAGGACAAGCCCUGGCAGUCCAAGUCCAAGGCAGCCUACCGUAAAUUGGUGGUCAAGCUAACUGCCUUUUUGGAGCUGCCCGAGGUUCUCCUGUCGGCUAAGCGAGACGACGAGAUCAACUUUGGCAAGUUGGCAUCCAAGGCAACCUUCCGUCUGUCGCGGGCACUCCUCAACGAGACCAAGAGCGGCGGCGUUCGUUCGGAGGAUCCCAAACGCAUUCGGCUCGCCGAGUUGUUUGUGGACCACAUGGCCAAACACGGCUUGAAGGGUGGCCAGGUCAUGCCCCACGAGAUUGUUCGGGAAAUCAUGAAAGGCAACGUCAGCCGCAUGCGUGAAACGGUCUUGGACGCUCAGUGGAAGGACAUGUGGAAGCGAGUGGUGGACGAUGUCCGAGCCAAUGCCAAGGAGGAAGGCUUGGAGUUUGACCCCACCAAGAUGGUUCCGCUUUCCGAUGUCUCUGGAUCGAUGAGUGGCGUUCCCAUGGAAGUUUCCAUUGCCCUUGGCAUUGGCAUUUCCGAGAUUACACAUCCCGCCUUCCAGGACAUGGUCUUGACCUUUGAAAGUGAGCCACGUUGGCACAAGCUCAAUGCCGGGGACAGCAUUGUCCAAAAGGUCCGGUCUUUGGGAAACGCCCCCUGGGGAGGCAGCACCAACUUUGAGGGUGCCUACGACGAGAUCCUCAAAGUGUGUCGCGAGAGCCGUCUCCGCCGCGAGGAUUGUCCCGUGUUGAUUGUGUUUUCGGACAUGCAAUUCAAUGAGGCGGCGGGCUUUGGGUAUUCCUAUUACGGAAGCAAUGGCACAAGGAGCCGCGCGGCCACCAUGCACAAUGUGAUUUGCGAAAAGUUUGCCACCACCGCCAAGGCAUUGGGGUGGGAGGAUGUGGAUCCCACUCCCAUUGUGUACUGGAACCUGCGCAACACGGGUGGUCAUCCAGUGGAGAAGGAUACGGCUGGAUCGGUGCUGUUGUCUGGCUUUAGUCCUUCGCUGUUGAAGCUGGUGAUGAACGGGGAGGCCUUGAAGGAGGAGGUCGUGGAAGUGGUGGAGAAGGAUGGGACGGUUCGCCAGGAGAAGGUCCGCGUGACACCCGAGGAAGUGUUGCGUAAGAUGUUGGACGACUCCUUGUACGAUCCAGUGCGACUAGUGCUUGCGGCCAGCAAGGAAAAGGCGUUGGGGGAUUACGAGCCACCAACGUCGGUUCUGGAGAGCGCUCCCAUGGCAGAUGGGUUUGAGCUCGUCUAGAGGUACAUAAGUAUAUAAGUGUAUAAUUGAUGCAUAUGACAUAUAUAUUCAUAUAUUCAUCCAGUAGAUUCGUCAGUUUCGGUCGGUCAAACAGCCCAGUAGCUUCGCCUUUACAGUCACAGCCUCAGCGCCUUUUUGGUUGGUUGUUGUUGUCUUGCAAGCCCUUUCGCUACUCAUUACGGUACACAAUGAGAUAUUGCCCAACAUGGGGGUUCGAAGGGCUUGAUUACAGGGAGGUUCGAAGGGCUUGAAUCUUGCUCGCAAAGCCUAAAGAGUUGUUCCCUUGUCUCGGCUGACAACCAACCUCGCAGAAACCUUCACCAACCCAAACCAAGGUACGCGAAUCGAAAAAUCGAUUGUUGGCCAACAGAAGAACCAUGUCACCGACCGGUAGAUACUUGCUUCCCAGGCAGAUCUGAUACCAAUCCUUCUUCACCGCGGUGCUAUAAUCACGAGUACAAAGAGCGUUGCAGCAGUAUUACUGUGCUUUCUUUCAGGAAUGCAGCAGUGAUCUUUGGCUUGUGUGUUGUGUACUUCCCUCCUUUCUUGUUUGCUUUCACCUUGAAACGACGAUUCUGACAGGCAAGAGCCUAGCUCCCAGUAUUCUUUUUGCUCCAACUAAUAACCCUUCAUCAUUUCUACAGUAGUAGCCAGCUAGAUCCGAUACUCGUGCAGCACUCCGGCCCCAGCAACAAAUCCUUCACCGAGAACCAUU